UUUCUUAAGUAGAAGAAGGUCUUCACACUGUUUGCGAGGCGGACGGAGUUGUGCGGGAAGAAGUCCACUAUUUCGCGGUUGUGCAGCUACAAAUACUACAUUGGCGACGCGUGUCCAUCGAAAUUGUACCGUCGUGUGUGCAGACUUUUACAGUCAGGUGGGCGUUGUCGUAGCAGAGAUAUAAAGUGCUUUGAGGAAGGCUGCUAGGCCUCACAGGUUAAUCACCAUGAGUUACGGUAGGCCUCCGCCAGACGUCGACGGCAUGACUUCCCUCAAAGUGGAUAACUUAACGUACCGCACGUCGCCCGAGACCCUCAGACGGGUGUUUGAGAAGUAUGGCCGGGUAGGGGACGUCUACAUUCCCCGAGACCGCUACACAAAAGAAAGCAGGGGUUUCGCGUUUGUGCGGUUCCACGACAAGCGGGACGCCGAGGACGCGAUGGACGCCAUGGACGGCGCGCUUCUGGACGGACGGGAGCUGCGAGUCCAGAUGGCCCGGUACGGCAGACCCCCAGAUUCUCACUACGGCGGCGGUGGUGGCGGAGGAGGAGGAGGCCGUCGAGGAGGGCCGACCAGGAGGUACGGCGGCCAUGGACGCCGGAGCAGAAGCUCUUCCCCCAGCCCAAGACACAGAAGACGCAGCAGGUCCCGCAGCAGGAGCCGCUCUCGUUCCAGAAGCCGAUCCCGCUACAGCAGAUCCAGGUCCCGGUCCUACUCCAGAUCCAAGUCUCACUCUCCCAGGAACAAGAAGGCUAAGGCCAAAUCCCAGUCUCGUUCCAGAUCUAGAUCCAGGUCCCGGUCCAAGUCCAAGUCCAAAUCCAGGUCAAGAAGCCGCACCCCGUCCUCUAAAAGAGGGUCCAGAUCGAGAUCUAAAAGCCAGCCUAAGUCCGCAGCAGAAAAUGGAGGGGAAUCCCCAUAGAGCUCAGCAUAAGCUGCGGCAUCCUGUUUGCUAAAGCGGAGUUUGAGCUGAGCUGAGGCAGUAUGAGCAGUUAGAAGGUAUGUGUUGAGCUGCCCACAGGCUGUCUGCUGCUGGCGAGGGUUUCUGUGCAGCAGGGUGGAGAAAGUCAGUGUUGGGGUUUGGUGUUGAGGUACGUCUAUGUCUGCCAGCAGACAUAAAACUGUCCCCCAGGUCUCGUCCCCAUUCGGAGGACGCCGGUACUUGAGGGACACUGAGGUUUGUCCAACUCUCCUCCAGUGUCAGUUUGUUCAAUGCCAUUUUCUAACUUCUGUUUUUUGUUUCACAUUUUCAGUACCAUAGUUGUCCAAUCAAAGAAUAAUAAAGAAAACUGUACGUGAAUAAGAAGGCCAUAAUAAGAAAGGAGGUUUUAGUGUCCUGCAACAUUUAGCUUUAUGCAGCCUCUUAUUUUAUGUAUAAUGUGUAGGAGUUCCCUGAACACACUAACCUUAAAAAGCUAUUUAGUAAUUUUGGUCACAGUCCACCAGCAUUCAUCUUUUUAACCAUGUGAAGUGCUUCCUGUAGGUUCGUGAUUAAUUGAGCGGCAUAGUUAUUCAUUUUCUUUCUCCAAAUCUUGUAGUGAAACUUGAGCUUGUGACGAGAGCUGCAGCCAUUAACGAUUGUUAUCGAUUAAUCCACUGAUUAUUAUUCUAUAGUCUCUGUUAUCCUAGAAAAUAUUGAACAUGCCCAUCCCAAGUGCCCAGAUGUCUUUUUAAAUGUCUUGUUUCACCUGACCAGCAGCCCAAAACUCAAACACAUUAAAUUUACAGUACGAAAAAGAUAGUGUCAAACCCUCAUAUUUAAGAGGAUUCCAGAGAAUACAUUUCUGCCUAAAAUGACUAAAAAGAUGUAUCAAUAAAUAGAACAGUCAACGAUUAAUUUUCAGUUGAUCCAUUAAUUGUUUCAGCUGUACUUUCAUUAUGUUAGCUUAAGAAACACUGCAUCGAUAAGGAGCUGGGUGUCCUGGUGGAUAGCAGUUUAACGUGCUGACCAUGAAUUGCAGUGUAACAGGUUUACCCUCGGUUGCCAUCUCUUUACUUGUUGCCUGUCCAAUAAGGCAUUUAAUGCACAAGUAAUACUUUCGAUAAAAGCAAAACGGGGAGCCGUGCAUGUCUGAAAGUAACCAUGGGAAAUAAUAGCAGGUGUGUACAGAAAUGUCUCCCAAGAUAUUGGCCAUAGGAUGAAAUUAGGAUAUGGGUGCAUAGAGAAAUUAUUGGGAGGCUUUUAAUGAUGUAGAUAAUCAUAAUUACUUUCAGUUGAACUAAAAGUUAUAUUCAUAUGCAGGUCGAAUGCUUCCUGGAUUCAGUCAGUAAAGUUUUUAUAAAUUUGUAGUCAAAUCACAUCACAUUGAAUAUGCACAACUGAUUGAUAUCAGAUUUAAUAAAAACAACAUGUGAUUAUUGGUCUAGUGGGUCCUUGUUGACUUUGUGUUCUGUAUCCUAACUACUGCUCUUCUGACAGUUUUCAGGUGAAGACUGGAAGCUUUAAGUCCAAGACGGAAUCCAGCGCAAGCAACAGUGUCGUGCUGUAAAAGGUUAUUAUUGUGUCUUCCACGCUUUGGUUUGUUUCAUUCAUUUGGCCACAAAAGGCUUUGUCAUUUCAUUGAUGUGCUGUGAUUCUUUUUUUUUUUUUUUUUUUUUAAUGAUUUUAAAAAUCUGAUUCAAUGUGAAGAGGCCGUACUGUUCUGACAUGGUUUUGUAAUGAAGACACAGGAUAAUACAGUUAAGUUUGUACCAGUUGCCUCUCUGAAGAAGCUAGUCUGCAGUCCAGCUUCCUUUGACUUUCCUUUUUUAAAAAAAAAACAAAACAAAACUCAUAUUGAUCCUGGAUCACCUUUGACAGAAAUGUGGUCACUGCCUGACUCAAUCCAGUGAUGAGUACAUGAAAUAGACAGACUGAAUAAUCACAGGCCAAAUUUUUAGCUGUUCAUGUAGAUAAAUGGUAAUAAGUAGAAUAAUCCUUUGGUUUAAUUAUUGUGGCUGCAACUGACUAUUACUUUCAUUAUCUGUUGACCAUUUUCUAGAUUAGUUGUUUAGUCUACAAAGUGUUUGCCUACUUAAAAGAUUAAACAUUUAUCCAAGUAGUUGCUGCUUUUAAUUUCUUUCAAUCACUAAUCAGUUUAAUUAUUUCUGCUAUAAAUCACUUCAUCAAGGUUAUGUUAAUACUUCUGCCUUUAUAGGAAAUGUAAUGCUUUCAUCCAUGUCAAGAUCCUGCGGAAGUGUAGAUUUAUUUUCUGGUGUUAGCCAUGGUGAUCUGUUGUGGUGAAUGAACUAGCUUUGCGAUGCCAGAAAGCCAGAGUUAAGCCCAAAGUUAGGUGGCUAACUCAUUAACUUGUCUUUGACACAGAGGCGUGGUGUCAGCGCACAGUCGGGAUAGUUUAUUGUUCAACAAGGGAUAAAUCUAAAAGGAACUAAUACACACCUACGUUUUCUUAUCAGUGCAAACAUUUCAUUUAACUGAAGUGCUCCCCGAAAAACAAUGAGGUUACCUGGUUCCUUAUGAUCUUGAAUUUCUGCAGCUCAGGGUGUCUUUGUCAGAGAGGACGGCAGAUGAUUUUAACUCCUGUAAUAAAUGUGUUAAAUGUAAUUGCAUAGACAGUAAAAUGACAGGUAAUCUAAAGUGUCAAUUAAAGGACUGUUUGCGGUCAGUAAAAGGUCACACAGGUCUACGGUCUAAGCUCAUCACCUUAAAUCUUUUUUUAUUUUACCCCCCCCCCCCCCCAAAAAAUCUUACAGGGCAUGUACUGGACUCUGGAAAAAAGUAUUUUUUGUUUUUCUUUUAAUUUUUGAUCCUAAUCCUGCUUGUAUGUUUGUUUUGUGCACUAGGCGCAGUUGUGUAGCAGUUGAGUAUUGCUGGUUAGCUGUUAAGGUGGCGUGUUGCUCUGCUGAGUGCUUGGAUGUAUCCAGUAUUCUCCAGAAUGCUCCUGUGACUACCAGUGGUACAGUUGCUGCAGUCUCACCCUUUGUAAGAUGAAAAGGUUUUUUUCCCCCCAUAAUGGUCAUGGAUGAAAAAUGUGACUUUCAUUAAAGAUUUGGUGUUUUGUCUAUAA